CCUUCACCCCAUUCUUCUACUGCCUUAUUUUCUCACAAAAUGGGUACUAGAAAACAGAAUUGUACUAUGCUCCUCCUGAUUGGUAUAAUGUCAGCCAUAAAUUCAUGCCUUAGCCAUAAUACAACUACCCAUGUCGUGCAAAAUCAUCAACUAGACCAUGUAAUUAACAAGUUCUUGAGACCAAAACUAGAACUUAAAAACUGUAAUAUCUUUAAAGGUCAUUGGGUUUGGGAUGCUUCUUAUCCUAUGUAUGAUUCAUCACAAUGUCCUAGCAUUCGCAAAGAAUUCGACUGCCUGAAAUAUGGUCGCCCUGAUAAAUUUUAUCUUCAGUACCGGUGGCAGCCAGAUGAUUGUGAUCUUCCCAGGUUUGACGGGGUAGAUUUCCUAACAAGGAUGAGAGGAAAGAAGAUAAUGUAUGUUGGAGAUUCACUUAGUCUUAACAAUUGGCAGUCAUUAGUUUGCCUACUUCACGCUGCUGUACCAAACUCCAAUAUCAUACAACAAAAAACUGGUGAUAUCAAAUCGUGGGAUUUCCAGGAUUAUGAUGUUUCGGUGAUGAUGUAUCCUUCUUCAUACCUAGUUGACAUUGAGAAUGAGCAAAUAGGGCGAGUUUUGAAGCUCAAUUCACUCAAGGGUGGCAACAUUUGGAAGGAAAUUGAUGUUGUGAUUUUCAAUUCUUGGCUAUGGUGGUUACGGAAGGGUCCCAAACAAUCAUGGGACUAUAUCCAAGAUGGGACGGUAGUAUUGAAGGAUAUGGACCGUAAAGAUGCAUAUAGAAAAGCAUUAACUACAUGGGCAAAAUGGGUUGAUUCUGGAAUCAAUCCCUUGAAGACCAAAGUGUAUUUUCAGGGAACUAAUCCUUCCCACUACAAUGGAAAAGAUUGGGAUGAAAUAGGAGUGAGAGAUUGCUCCAAGGAGACAAUUCCAACUAAAGGAUCAACUUAUCCAAGUUCAGUACCACCAGCACUAGAAGUGGUGAAGCAAGUACUAAGUACCAUGUCAACACCUGUUUAUCUACUUGAUAUCACAACUCUUUCACAACUAAGAAAAGAUGGACAUCCUGGUUCUUAUAAUGGAUUUGGAGGAAUCGAUUGCACUCACUGGUGUGUUUCAGGCCUUCCUGAUACUUGGAACCAACUUUUGUACACAUCUCUUAUAAUGUAA